AUUCCCUGCGUCAUUUCCGGCUGCUGCAGAAUUCUCACAACAUACCCGUUUGGGAACUAGCGCUACAUCAACUGUCGGGACGUUUACCGGGACAGAGAAGAGACGAACAUGUCAGACACGGAGACAAAACCUUCCAGUCAAGAUGGGGGCGACAAGAAGGAUGGAGAGUACAUCAAACUAAAAGUCAUCGGCCAGGACAGCAGCGAAAUCCACUUCAAGGUCAAAAUGACGACACAUCUAAAGAAGCUGAAAGAGUCCUACAGCCAGAGACAGGGCGUCCCAGCCAGCACGUUACGGUUUCUGUUCGAGGGCCAGAGAAUCGCAGACAACCAGACUCCCAAAGAGCUGGGGAUGGAAGACGAAGACGUCAUCGAGGUUUAUCAAGAACAGACUGGCGGACUUUGGACCGAUUAAAUUUCCACUUUUCUUCUUUUUGCUGAUUUUCUAUUUUAUUUUGUAUGGAUGUAAUUUUGGUUCCGUUUCAAACCAUCUGGAUCCGAUC